CUCGGGUGUGGUUCUGGCCAGUGUCUAAUAAAGCCUCUUCUUCGUUAAGAUUUAUUCAGUGUCAGGACUGGUGAAUCUUUGAACGACCCCAGGUCCAUCACAUCUGGAGGUAUAACUGAGUUCUGGGCAUUCAGCUUGGUUCGCCUUUUUCUGACCAGCCUUGGUCCCGGUGGGCUCCCAGCACUGGGAGCCAGGACUUUGCCCAGGCUUGGCAGCAUUUGGAGGAAGCCUCAACGCCUAGAUCCCUUGGGACUCCUAAGGUUUCUGGCCUACUGGAAGUUGAGAAAUUCGGAUAAGCCUAACAUUUGGAGGAGGCCACCGACAGGUUCUCAACCCCUGGAUUGUAGGAGGCAUCGGAAGCCCUCGUGGAGGUUCUGCCGCUGACUCAGGACUCUGUGGCCUUCUCAAUUAAGGCUGCUUCUGGCGUCCACUGCCUCAUCCACACUCCUUGGCUGAGUCAGGAGAUAAGGUGUGGAUCAAGAGUCACCAAGCUGAGACAUAGAAGGGACCUCACCUCCUCAUCCUGACCACCCCCACUGCUGUCAGCGUGGACAGUCUGUACUUGAGCACAUCACUCUGAGAUCAAGUGUGCCACUGGGAACAAGAUCCAGCUGAAGAAAAGUAGACUGUCACCAACGCCUGAGAAGAUCCACCGAAGAUAAAAGUAAUAUGGGUUUUAACCUAAUGAUGUUGUUUUGCCUGGCUGUAUUUCCUUCUGUUCUUUCCCUGAAUCUGAAUAGGAUUCCCCAGGCCCCUAAACCGACCAAACCAACCCCCAUGGCAUGGAAGUUCCAUGUAAUUGCUCUAGAAAAUUGCAACAAGACCAUUGCCUCUACCUUCUGUCCAGUGACAGGAUGUGCAAGCACUAUCAGCCUCACCUUUGAUAUAAGGGACACCUGCAAAGGGAAAUGUAUAAAUGACCUCUACAAUGCUAUGACCUCUCCUAUAUAUGUUUGCUUCCUGUAUGAACAAACUCGCUCAGAAUGUAAGGACCCAAAUUACGGAGGAUGUCCUUACUGGAGCUGCAAAUAUCAUAGCACUUGGCCCAGCUGGGGAGGGGAAAACCCAUCCAGGCUGAACUCGGUGGAUUGGCAUACUAGGGUCACCUACUCUAUCCCUGACCCCUGGAAUGACAGAUGGAGAACAGGGGUUGAGGGUUAUGUCUAUAGACAUAACGAGAGGGAUACAGCCUAUGACGGGAAAACUAAGAUAUUCAUCUUUAGAAAGUUAGCCAAGUUUAUACAGCCAAAUUCCUUAAUUUGAACGCUAUAACCAAACCUGCUACCGUACCAGCUCCUGGUCCUGUUGGUCAGCUCACCUGCUGACAUCAUUUUUCUGCCAUCACCACCUUUUUCUCUCCUCCCUCCUACUAGCCCUGCGUCUCCAAUCUCCUUUGAGUUCCUAAUGACCAUGUUAGUAUCUAUACUUGCUCACGAGUGUUACUAACCCAAAUGUGAUACCCGAUUGUUGGUUCCGUGCCUUCCAAAGCCCCCACACUGUGUCGGACUCACUGUCAGAAGAACCCCAUUUGGCCACUCCCUCUGCCAAUUGUUCAUGGGUGUCUUUCACCAAAUUCAAGGUGAGCAAACUUGUUUCUACUCAAAAACCUGUGAUGUGUCUAAAUUUCCCCUUGAAGAAUAAAUGCAGACUCUCCACAAAUAUUUCUCAGCUCCUGGUGACCACAUCAUCAGGUGCCCCUUUUCUUCCUCCCUCUAUCCUCCCUCCCUCUCUUCCUUCCUUCCUUUGUUCCUUCGUUCCUCCCUCUCUCUCUCUGUCCCUCCCUCCCUCCCUCCCUCCCUCCCUCCCUCCCUCCCUCCCUUCCUUCCUUCCUUCAUUCCUCCCUUCCUUCCUUCCCCACCUGGAAGAAACUGUUUGGCCACUCUGUACUGAUACAUCAAGCCCCAGAAUUGUGUAUCUUGGUAUUCCUGCUUCCCUGAAAGUAUAUUUGUGAUGACGGUCCAGCAGGAAAGAGCACUUACCCCCAAUCGUUAGUGCCUUGACCAGGCACAUAAAUUCACACUUGGGUGCUACUAAACUAACGGUUAUUUGGUUCCAGUAUGAGCAGGCACCCACCACAGCAUCAAGAAUGUGACUAAGACACAACUCACAAGGGUGUGUGUGUGGUGAUUAACAUGUGUUUAAAGUUCAGAAACUGCCUUGCAAUUGCUCUAGCCUGUAAGCUUUUUGUAAAGUGUACCCUGUCAGCUAACUUGUCCAAGAAGGAUGAAUCCAAGAAGGAUGGAGUAUUUGGGCUAUUCUUAAAACUGCCUGCCUGGUCUUGUAAACAGAGGUUUAACAGCCUCUGCGGUUCUUGCAAGACAAUGGGUCAGAAGGCUAACCGCCGGCACUGCUUCUGCAUGAGAACGCUUGCUUGCUUAAGAUGACUGAGGAGUCUGCGAGACCUGCUACAAAAGUUAAGCCCUGCCUGCACAUAGGCAGAAGUCGUGUUAACUCAACCCCAAACUGUAACCUUGUGACUUUCGCCUUUAUAAACCCCAGCUGGGGACACACUUUGAGAAUCCUGAGUCUCAGGUGUGGUCCUGACCAGUGUCUAAUAAAGCCUGUUCUUUGUUAAAAUUUA